AUGAACAUCCUCGCCCCUGACCAAGCCGCUUUCCUACCUGGCCGUUGCACUGGUGAUGUGAUGUGGGAAUUCAUGGCUGACGCAAUUGGUGCUAUGAACGAACGCAGCUGCUGGCAUGUUCUCCAAACUGAUAUUGCUGGUGCUUUUGACCGUGUCGACCGACAUCUCCUUCUCCUCCGCUUGGAGAACUGUGGAAUCAGGGGUAAGCUACUCAACCUCCUUCGUAACUACUUGUCUGAGCGUCGCUUCAGAGUUGUCUGUGGUGGCACGAGUUCCUCCCUUUUCUGCGAGUCGGCUGGGGUCUGUCAAGGUUCCUGUCUGGGUCCAGUUUUGUGGCUAUACUUUUUCUCGCCUAUUCACUCCUCCGCUGUUGGUAAUGCUGGCCCCGGUCUCUCUACAUACACCUUCGCUGAUGACCACACUCAAGGCUCUAAGGACCCUCACUUACUAACCAAAGGUGAAGCGGGCGCUGUCGCCUUCACAAACGGUGCCAGAAUUACUAUGGAGCCUGCUAAAAAGGUUGUCAGCACGUAUGCUAAUAGAGCACCUAAGUCUCAACAGGAGUGUGCCAUCCUACUUGGUCUCAGGUUGGAUGCUGCUCUGUCCAUGUCCAACCACUUUGACUACGUUUUGAGGCAGGUCUCCGUGAAGACUGCACAGCUACUACGACUACAACCCUACUUGGAUACCACUCAACUCGCGAGAUGCUUCAAACAAUACUGUUGGCCGCUUCUGGAAUAUGGUUUGCCCGGCUUCAUCCAUGCCCCAGAUGCCCAACUGAAGAGGCUUGACGCUUGUCAAGACCGUUUCAUCGAGCUUACUGGAUGUACGCUACCUAGCCUGGCGUGGCGCCGAUUUGUGGGGAUGAUGUCCUGGCUCUAUAAA